AUGGCGUCCUUCGCGUUGGAUCGUCAUGUUCGUUUGUUUGUAGUGGAUGAUGUACUGUCAAAACUAAAAGGUUUUUCGUUUAACAAAGGAAAAGUAAAAGAAGUAAUCAUUCGAAUAGGGAGUUCUCUACAUUUUCAUAGAGAGAAAGAUUUGUUCCUUUCUUCAAGUAAGAGACUUGUGCGAAAAGUCUUUUGUGCGAAAUGUCCUGUAUUCAUAGCUGAGGGUCUCAAUCAAGAGAUAGCUGAAGAUGGUUCAACCUAGAGUUUUGCAUGUGAGCGAUGAAAAUCUGUGGAUGAUCACUAUUGUUUGAAAAUAUUGCAAUGUGGAAGCUGCUGUUAUGCUGAAACAAAUGCAAAAGAGAGUAUAGCAGUUCUAAUGCAAAUGACAGUAAUAAUAAUAUUACCUUAUGAUCAUCUGAGUAAAGUGACCAUAAAUUAUACGGAAAUGAGUAGCUUCAAUUAUGUCUGUACCUGUGGUCAAAAUAAUCUCAUAUCUUUUUCUUACUAACCCUUUCAGUGACUAGUAUCUAAUUUCUCCUUACAAAUCACGCCUUGAUCACAUAUUAAGGUCAUGGGAAUAAAGCAAAUGAUCACCUACUUAAGAAGCUCUUGAUUGUUAGACAAAUUCUCCUUGCCAGCACCUUAGGAAAUGUAUACAGAACAGUAUGGAGAAUAUGUAAACUGAUUUGAGUGUGUAAAGGGUUAAGUGCAUCCUCAACUGCUGAGUAACCUUAAAUUGUGCUUGUCUCAUUCAGCUAUGCUAAUAUUUUUUUAGGUUCGUAAGCUGGAGUUUUUGUUGGCUGAUGCCCUGGAUAAGAAGUGUGACACAAUAUUUACAUGUGGUGGAAUCCAGUCCAAUCAUUGCAGAAGCACUGCAGUUGCUGCAAGACAACUUGGUUUGGAUUGUUACCUGUUCUUAAGAAGUCCUGAACAGGCAAGUAUUUAAUUUACUUUUAACUUUUUAAGAAAGAACUGAUGCAGAAGAUUUUAAGCUGCUUGAGUCAUGAUCAAAGAUCUGUUACCCCUAAGCACAAGUUAUGAUUAAUCAGACAAAGAAUAGCGUCCAUGUGAUCUAUUACCAACAACAACUCAACAAAUACACAACAACAUGGAAUCUCAGAACUUUUUCUUUUCCCACACUCACAACAAGACGAAAAAAUAUCUUUCUAUAUUUCUUUACCAAGCUCAAAACCUACAAUCUUUGUUUUUUUAUUUGCAAAAGAUGGAAUCUGUUUGUGAAAUAGAAGCUCAUCACACUGCAUUGAACAGUGGACUCAUAUGAAGAUGAGAUGAUUCACAACUACACUGUUACAAAUACACUGUUACAAUAGUUGAGCAGAUGUUUCUUUGAGAUUUGAACCAAACAGAAAAAACUGCAUAAUAGGCAGCUAACAGAAGUUCAAUCUUUACUCUAAUGUUGCUCAUUUCAGAGAUAAAAGGCACCAAUUUUGCCUUACAUAGAUGGUGAAACUCUAAGAAAGUUAAUAAACUUAUUGAAACUUUCAUUUGAUCUUUUUUUCUUCAUGCAGAGCAAGGAUAUUGGUUGUGAAGGAAACCUGUUUUUAAACAAAUUGGUUGGAAGUCAAAUUAUUGUUGUUCCUCAGCUUCAGUACAAAUCUGGCCUUAAACAAAUGAUGGAGAAAGUAUCUGAAAAACUGUAAGUGAAAGGUCAGAGAACUGUAAAACCUAGCAAGUUGGCGCUACUAUGGUUGCAAUCAUUAAAAGUAAUCUUCCUCAAACUGACAUUAGGCUUUACUUUUAAACAGAGCUGUCACUAAGUGACGGUAAUGGACCAGCUCACUGUAUUAUAAUUGCCAAUGAAAAUAUUGAAAUUCUUUUGAAGAAAUUUGUGUUGCAGCCAUUUUACAGUGGAAUUGACUAUGUGUUAAUUUACUAGUAACAGGUUUAGUUGCAGGGAUAGAUCUCACUGGCAAAACUUGCUUGAAAGGCUUAAAAAAACUGCAUGAAUUUACUGUAAUGCCUGGGACAUUUUAGUUGAACAGUACCAUCUUUGGGGUGUAAACUGAUGAAAAUCAUGAUGGCCACCACCUUAGUGCAUCUUCUAAAACAUGAAGGCAAGCAAAAAUAUUACAGGAGCUGCUAUUGCAUGGCUCUCAAGUUGGUUCCUUUUAACCCUUUCACUCCCAAGAUCUGAUUAGUAAUUCUCCUUACUAUCUGCCAUACAAUUCUUAUGAUGUUAGUUCAGAGAAUUUGGUAUUGGAUCAACUAAUAAUCCCAUGAUUGAUAUUCUUCUCUAUUCUCAUCACCUGCCUGCUUUAUAUUGUAUUUAUAUUGUAAGGAGAAAUUCUGUCUUGGUCACUUGUGGGAGUGAAAGGGUUAAAGGAAUUGAAAAUGGAGUCAUAUCUACAAUGCAGCCUUUUAGGUGCUAAUCUUAGAAUGUCAGAAAUCUUGAGAAGUUUAGGCCUUUUUACAGUUCUGUAUUUAGUUGCCAAGCCUUUGAUUUGAAGUGAGGCUGUGGGUGACCUUGUUGUGAUAGAGACCAGUACCUAGUAAGCUUAACAACAAAGCAAUUUACAUUUGAAAGAGCAAGGUUUGUAUCAUAACAUGGUCACCCUUAGUCUCACUCCUAUUGAAAGGCUUGGCAACCAAGCACACACCUGUAAAAUGGACUAUUAUGGAUUGGACCCACUCCCUCUCCCCUUAGUUUGAUAAUUUACUGCUAUGUCCCAGUCUUCUACCACAAUCUGAAAGCAACUGGAUACAAGAAGCCCAAUAUGAAUGAACAAAUAAUAAAUAGUUUAAUAAAUUAUGAGUGAAGAAAAAGGUGAAAAAGAAAGAGAGGAAUGAAUAAAACAGGUCAACCAUUCUUUAAGCCUCUUAAAGCAUUCUUUAAGAAAAGUAUCAAUUAAGGAAUUAUUAGUUUGAACAAUACAAAAUUCUCCAAACUAACUUCAGAAGAGUUGUGUGGCACACAGUACAGUAAGGAGAAAUAUUAAUGAGAUCUUGGGAGUGAAAGGUUCUGCAAAUCAGACACAUCUUCAUCUGUUAACCCUUUACACCUUAACAUCAGUAUACAUGUUCUCUAUGCUCUUCUCUAUAUAUUUCCUAAGGUGCUGACAAGGAGAAUCUGAUAAAUAAUCACUGAUUGUUUGAGAGCUUCUGUUGUUGAUAAUUAUUUCCUUUAUUCAUGUGACCUUAAUGAGUAAAUUGGGGAUGAUACUGUUUGCUUAAUCACUCUUGGGGAAUAAAACACCUAAUUUAUUUGUAAUGAAGGUAAAUGUUUUCUUGGUGUUCCCUAUUUUAAAGUGAUUCUAAAUUUCUUGUUGGCCAGGAGGUUAUAUAAACCACUCAGGAGACCAAUAGAUUCUACUCUUUUGUAUGACUCUGGGGAAAUGCUAGGAAAACUCAAGAGAGUUGUUAUUAUAAUUAUUAUGCAGUGAGUAAAGAAGGCACCAGAUAUUGGAGAAUUCUUGAACUAAGUUUUGAUGGGCUAGGUUAUUUUUGACCCAGAUAUGGAGAGUAUUCUCCUCAAGUUACUUGCUUACUUACCUGCCUCACCUACUUCUGUUUCUCAAUGAAAACCCAGCAUGUAUGCCAAGGCAUGUUUGUAGAUGUUAAAGUUCUUUCCUACUGACUUUGUUUGCUUUUUUUUUCAGGAAAGAACAGGGCUCAUCAGCUUAUCUGAUUGAAGUUGGAGGCUCCUCUUACAUGGGGAUGUUUGGUUACUUAACAGCAUUUCAAGAAAUGAUAGAUCAGGUAAAAAUACAAGCUUUUUCUACAUUGUGUACUCAUUUUGUGCAUUUCUGGUCAAGAGGUGAUGAAUGCAGUUAAACCCUGAUCACACAAAAGCCUGUUUGUUAAAAUACUUUAUUCUGGAUAUCUGUCAAAAAGUUAGCUUUGUUUGUUUCAGAAUGUGCUGAAGAAUUUUGAUGACAUUGUUGUUACAGUUGACAGUGGUGGAAGUGCAUCAGGAAUUGCCAUUGGUAACUAUUUAACAGGAUCAAAACUCAAGUAAACUCUGAAUAAAAAUAUUGAUAUUUUCUUUCUUGACUGUGUGGAAGGGCUGGACAAGAAAAAAUCUGGCUCAAGGUCAUGACAUAUAGACCUCUCUCUGACUAAUCUGUUCAUUAUGACCAGGAACCAAAUAUUUUCCAGUCUGGCUGGUUUGUCCCCACGUAGUCAUUAAGGAUUUUGUCAUUUGAUCAGCACUCUUUGUCUUCUUUUCUUCUUGCUGUUUGCAUCUCAGGAGGCCUGCAUAUACAGAGCUCUGCAAUCAUUUAUGGCACCACUGCCACCAUUGCUUUUCUUCAUCUAAAGGGUUUGAUUUUUUUUAAAUUUUUUUCAUUAAAUUUACAUCCAGGAAUUUACUUGUCUUAGGAAAAAUAAUAAUAACAAUAAUAAUAAUAAUAAUAGAAAUAAUAGGACUGAGUGGAAUUCAAUUCGGUCUGUUAUCUUACAAGUGAUUAAUACAAUCUGAUGACUUUGAAGUGGGAGUCGGUUAUAUUAAUGUUAACACUUAGUCCUGUCACCAAUUUAUCAAAACUGACAAAUUUGAGAAAGAAACUAGAUGUAUUGGUUGUGCGUUUUCAUAACAAGGUGUGCACAUGACACAUGCUAUCGACUCAUACAGACAUGACGCAUCAACUGUCCUAUUACACUGUUCAGACAGAAGCAUGACACAUACACUGUCCUAUUUGUGCUUAAUUUGGGCUGGUGAUGACCAAUCACAUUAGAGUAUUUUGUUAUAGUUUCCAUUGAAAUUCUAUAUCACCUUUCAAGAACCCCUGACAAACUAUUUCUUCAACUACCUAAGCUAUACCUGCUUAAGACUUCAGACGAAGAGAUUGUGCUUCUUGAGAAUUUCUCACAGACCUUUCUAUCUUUCUAAAAGUUUCCCCUUGUUUUCUUUGAACACUGGAGACUAAUUGAGACCUGUAAUUGUAACAUCAUUGUCAUUUAUUCAUAGAUGUCAUGCAGUGAACGUGUGUGAUGAUGCAGCAUAUUUUUACCAGAAAAUCAAUGAAGACCUUCAAAUAGGUGGACUAGAUGUUCAAGCAGAAGAGUUAAUUGAUAUUAUUGAUGGAUACAAAGGAAAGGGCUAUGGCAAAUCCACUGAAGAAGAGUUAGGUUGGUGUUUAUUCAAAUAAUUUUGCAGAUUUUGGUUUCUUCAUAAUUAGACUACAAGCAGUCCCUCCUUUUUGGAGACGUCUAUCAGGCAAAUUUAAAAAAAAAAAAAAUUUUAAAAAUUGAUGUAAGCUCCCAGCAGCGCACUAACUUUUCUUCACCCUUUUUUUUUCCUUUUUGAGUCACACAACUUUUAUAGACUUUGCUCAAAAGGAUGGGUUUCUUGUAGUCUUCUACAUAAUAUAUUAAAUAAUAACCUGCUUAUUUUGGUACUGAAAUGACAUGCAAGUUGAAAAGAGUUAUUUCUAUCUAUUAGUAAAUAACCUUUUCAAAACUCGAAAAUAUGAAAAAAAGUUUGCCCCUCAUUUCUUUCUGAUCCUGUACGAACGCCAAACAAGAAAAAUUUGUUUUCAGAAUGCUCUCUGGCUGAUAGCAUGUUGAUUUAUUUCAGUGCAAAUUAAAAGCUGAAAUUUUACGGCUGAAAGUUAAAAUGAUAUGUACUCUGUUAACAAGCGAUCAGUGUAUCUGUUUUACAAUUUAGAAGGAAUGAUCACUCAAUGAUGUUUCAGACCUCAAAGUUUACCUGCCCCCAUCCCUCCCCCCCUCUUUACCACAGGUUUGUGCAAGACAAUAAUAAUGGAUAAUUAUAUCCAUAGUUAUUAUAAUUUAUUGCUUAUUUAUUCCUUAUUUAUUCCAAAAUGCAUUCAAAAUUGCAUGAUUACCAAAUAAAAACAUGAUUUAAAAUUUACUUAACCCUUGCAUUUGAAUUUGCACCUUACGAACCCUGAUAUCUUUGUAUCUGUUCAUGAAGAGGACAUUGUGGAGAUAUCCAGAACAACUGGAAUUAUGGUGGACCCCGUGUACAACGUCAAAGCCAUUAGAGGAAUGCUACACGAGAUGAACACCAACCCAGGGCGAUUUAAGGGUCACAGAAUACUUUAUAUUCAUACUGGUGAGUACAAUUUAUCAACAUCAUCUGUGAUGAAUACCUCCUUCCCUAUGGCUAAGAGCCCGCAUACCUUAAAAAUAAUGGUUUCUCAAAGGUAAUCCCUUGGAAAUGCGAUUUCCCUGCAAAUGAUAUUCUGCUCAUGCGUGGUUGUGCGCUUGUCAGCCUGAAGGAAAAAGGUACAUCACCUUAAGUUGUCAACGAGUGAUUUUGGUAAAUGAUGUGGAAAACGAAACUCAUUAAUCAAAUGAAAAAGAGGAAAAAAACGAUUACUGAACUUGGCUAGCAGCUUUGGUAAAUAAUUGUACAUACCAUGAUAUUUUUCUCAACCAGGUAGGUAAAUUGCAACCUUGAGAUCCCAUUUUUGAUCCCUCGUAGAAGUAUCAGUGGUCCGUGACAUGUACUAUGGUUGCAUGUGGUAUGUACUUUCUUUUGCGUGGAAGCAAAAUUAUUAUACGUUAGACUUACUAUGAAGACUCUGAUUGGUCGAGAGCAUACAUUCCAUAUACAAUAGCAGAUAUUGGUUUCUCAUGUCGCGUUUAAAUUCUGCCUAGUGUUCAAGCCCUUCGUCCGUGUAGUGUUCUCAAACUCUUGAAAAAUCAGAGAGAAGAUUCUUCUUUAGCAAAUUGUUUCAAAAAAUAAAUGAUAAAUCAGGUAUUGAAUUUGGUUUUAGCAUGAUAUUAUAAAUUAUCAAACCUGGCAUCUGUGUUAUCUGCCUCGGCUUUCGGCUUCGGCAGAUAACUCAGACCUCGGCAUUGCUAAUUUAUGAUAUUAUGCUCAACCUCAUCCAAUAAUUGCUCAUUAAUUUUCAAUUGCACCAAGUAGAGUAUAAAUAACGCGCGAAUCUAGUAAAAAUUUCCUAUGAUAUUGUACAUUUGGUUAUUUUGUACGGUACAAAAACUUGUUUAAUCGGUUGGCUGCGCGUGCUGCACUUCUCUAUUUGCGUCGCUUUUCCCACUUUUUGCCCAUGAAAUAAAGCAGUUGGGUAAUACAUAACUUAUGAGACGUUUUGGUGUGUAGUAUCGCUGGGUAUUUUUACUCAUAGGUUGUGUUUUGACUCGCCCUGCGUGAUCGACAAAAUAUGUCACAACUCGUAAAAAUAGUUACCGAUACUACAAACCAAAAAUUCUGAUAAGAUGUAUCUUUUGCUGGAAGACUGAAUAAGACAACAUCCACAGGUGAUAAACUUUCAUAUUUUUGCUUAGAGGAUGGUGUUACCAAUCCUUUGGAAAUGGCGAGACCUGAUUUGUAACAUUGUUAUGCGAGUUUCGCACACGUCUAAUAGGGUGUGUCUUAUUUUCCAACAGGAGGUGUGUUCGGUUUGUAUGAUGGAAGAAUGGACUCGUUAGUAACUCGCUCUGCACUGGGUAUAAAUGAUGUUGUCUGCUGGGAAAGUGCGAAUGAUCCCAUGCCAUUCUGA